ACCACCACAGCUUUCCCCACCCACGAACAAAAGCAGCGAGAGAGAGGCAGAGAGCGAAUCGAAUCGAUCUCUUGUGUUUGUUGAUCGAUCGAGGUCGAGGAUGCCGAAGAACAAGGGGAAGGGAGGGAAGAACCGGAAGCGGGGGAAGAACGAGGCGGACGACGAGAAGCGGGAGCUGGUGUUCAAGGAGGACGGGCAGGAGUACGCGCAGGUGGCGCGGAUGCUGGGCAACGGGCGGUGCGAGGCGCAGUGCAUCGACGGGACGAAGCGGCUGUGCCACAUCCGCGGGAAGAUGCACAAGAAGGUGUGGAUCGCGGCGGGGGACAUCGUCCUCGUCGGCCUCCGCGACUACCAGGACGACAAGGCCGACGUCAUCCUCAAGUACAUGAACGACGAGGCCCGCCUCCUCAAGGCCUACGGCGAGAUCCCCGACCACGUCCGCCUCAACGAGGGCGUCGUCGACGAGGACGACGCCGCCGCCCACGACGACUACAUCCAGUUCGAGGACGAGGACAUCGACAAGAUCUGAUCUCAUCUACCCACUGCUGCUGCUGCUUCAUCAGUCCAAUGGUACAAAGAAACAAUCCAAGAAUUGCUUCUUGUUACUUGCUACUAUUGUGAUGUGUGGUGUGAUAUUAUAAUCACGGUGGUGUGAUGUGUGAGGUCGUCUGCCUGAGAGAGACCUGUAUAUAUGGAAGAGAUUCGGGGGGCAAUUAUUCUGCCCAAUAAUCAAAUAUUGAAUCGAAUUGCUCGCUUUACGCGAUGGGGUUCAUCUAGUUUUGUUCUACUCUGGUUCAUGUCUGAUCAGUCUCUGUUGUUACACAGUUUUCAUUACUUAGGGCUGUAGCCUGUAUGCACUGGAACUAAUAUAUUAACAGUAUUUAGUAUU